GGGCGCCCUCACAUCCAGAUUCCAGCAGCUAAUGCUAACCAGCUCACCAUGGCCGGACAGGAGGAUCCAGUGCAAAGGGAAAUUCACCAAGAUUGGGCGAACCGUGAAUAUAUCGAAGUGAUCACCAGCAGCAUUAAGAAAAUCGCCGAUUUUCUGAACUCUUUCGAUAUGUCCUGCCGGUCCCGUUUAGCCACAUUAAAUGAGAAGCUGACGGCUCUGGAGAGGCGGAUCGAAUACAUUGAAGCCCGGGUCACAAAAGGGGAAACCUUGACCUAAACAUCUCUCUGGAUCUAUACCAGAUCAUGAUGACGGCUGUACACACUCACCUCUUGUCUUUAUUGUUUACUUUAAUUAUUCAAACUAAAUUUCUUUCAGUUGGACGUUGUAGCCAGAUCAGUUCAUUUCUGUAUGGUACCAUUGUGUUGAUGUCAAUGCUGUAAACAAAAAUGGGUUCAUCCUCAAUUUAUGCAGUGUACUUCAAUUCUUUAAUCCAUCAGACAAAAGUUACAGUCUUUGUGGUGUUUGUUCAUGCAAACAGCUUUAUGUAUUGUAUUUUUUUUUUCUGUAACAUGCAGGCGUUUCUAAAUAGUAAUGCAUAUGUAGACUGAAAAUAACAGACAUUAUGCCUUGAUAUCUUUUUUUUUAUUAUUAUUAACAUAUUUUUUUGAGUUUUGUUUUUCCCUUUUGUGUUUUAACAGAGUUGAACAUGUUUUAAGUACAUUGCUGCCUGCUGUACAUUUAUCAUGCAACAAACUUUCACACAUGAGAAUGCCUGAUAAAGGUGGGGGUAAACGGAGAGCACUGAUGUGCCAAUCAGACUGUUUUAAAAUAAUCACUGCUCCUCUCCUGUAUGUACUUUUAUGUUGCCUACUGUGUUGUUAUGGUAAAGUUUUGUGGUUAAAAGUUAAAUAAAAACCUCUGUUAAACUAG